AAUCUUGUUACCUCUCUCCACGAAACGGAAGAGCCUUCUGUUUGUCUUUUAGAAGCUCGAAAGCACAGAGGUUCCACUGUGGAGGCAACUAUGGGUGCUUCUUUCCUAUCAACCCUCCCCUCUUUGGUUAGUGUCCCUUCUUUAACCAUCUCUACUACUCCUACCAUUAGAUGUCCUUCUCAUGCUGUCGCUAUUCGUUGUCAUAAAAUGGACACUGAUGUCCCUGGUGAGAAUGUUCUACGGCGAAGAGAAGUUUUGAAAUGCUUUGGUGCUACUGUUGGCAUGGAAUUGCUAGCAAACUCAGGAUCAUUUGUUGAAAUGGCUAGUGCUGCUGAUUUGAUCCAACGCAGGCAGCGUUCUGAGUUUCAGUCCAGCAUAAGGCAGACCCUUUCCGCAGCUAUAAAGGGCAAACCUGAACUUGUACCAUACAUUCUAACUCUGGCUCUGAAUGAUGCCAUUACUUAUGAUAAGGCUACAAAAUCUGGGGGCCCAAAUGGAUCCAUACGAUUCAGUUCAGAGAUAAGCAGACCUGAAAAUAAGGGACUUUCUGCCGCGUUGAAUUUAAUAGAGGAAGCGAAGGAGGAGAUAGAUUCAUAUUCCAAGGGUGGACCCAUCUCUUUUGCAGAUCUUAUCCCGUAUGCAGGACAAAGUGCUGUUAAGGCUACAUUUCUGGCUUCUGCCAUCCGCAAGUGUGGUGGUAAUGAACAGAAGGGGAGCAUAUUGUACUCCGCAUAUGGAUCCAGUGGACAGUGGGGAUUGUUUGAUAGACAAUUCGGAAGGACAGAUUCCCAAGAGCCAGAUCCAGAAGGGAGGGUUCCUCAGUGGGAGAAAGCCACAGUCCAAGAAAUGAAAGACAAGUUCUCAUCUAUUGGCUUUGGUCCCCGCCAGCUAGCUGUUAUGUCUGCGUUCUUGGGUCCUGAUCAAGCAGCAACAGAGGCCUUACUGGCAACUGAUCCAGAUGUUACACCAUGGGUUCAGAAGUACCAACGUAGCCGAGAAACAGUGUCUCAGACAGAUUAUGAGGUCGAUCUGAUAACUACUCUCACCAAAUUAAGUUCCAUGGGCCAACAAAUCAAUUAUGAAGCAUAUACAUAUCCUGUCCGAAAGAUUGAGUUGAGCAAGCUCAAGUUAUAGCGCAGACGAUUUGCAUUUUCAAGGAGCCAUCAACUGUUCCACCACGCGCAAUUAUUAAUGUUUCUCACAAUUUUGUAAGCAGUGAUGUUUUCAAGCUUCCCACUUGAUUCAAACCAGGAAAUGAUGAUUUCAGCUGCUUGGAACACUACAUCCAUGUUUCUAGUUUGCGAUUCUCCUCGUUGUCCCACGCCACGCGGGUACUCGCUAUAAUGUGGUUUGUGGUAUAAACAAAUCAAGAUAUGACGCUACAAUAUAAAAACUCAAUUUAGAGAAUGCCUCCAAUUAUCAACA